CAACAAAAAAAGUUUUCUUCCUUCGUUCGCUCGCUCGCUGUCUUCUUCUGUUGCUCGAUGGAGACCCCUCCCGUAGAGAAGAUGCUUGUAACUGGCUGCAGCAGUGGCAGCCUCAGUAACACGUCCCCCAGGAGACCAGCAGGAGCAACACGUGAUGUGUCUACUUAUCAGGUUUAGGGAGAAGAGAGAGAGCAGCGCUGAGAGACCGACCGAGACAGAGAGGAGGAGGAGGAGGAGGAGGAGGGAGGGAGACAUAAGGGAGACUUUUUUGAAGUCUCUCGACUCUUGAAAUAUAGAUUUAUAUUUUUUCUUUACAUCUCUUAUUUCUUUCCGGGAGAGAAAAGUGGGGAAAGGGAAUUUUGUUUAAAGUUGGUGAACUUUGCACAUCCUCAGAAACGCCAUUUUGAUUCCUCUCCGGAACAACUUUGUAGUUUUUUUUCUUCUUCUCUUAAGUCCAUCACCAUUUACCAUCAUCAUCAUGUCUCGGCGCAAACAGCCCAACCCUAAUAAAGUCAAACUGGCUGUGAUUAGGAUCUUGGCCGGAUGGAGCUGUGAGUGACAUCACCAUCUGGGCAUCUCAGCAUAGUGUGCUGACACACUGGAGAGAAGAGGAGAGUGACUUUUUGUAGAGGAAACUGCACACAGAAUGGAAGGAGAGAAUGGAGUGCUGGACAGUAACUCAGAAGAAAAGGCAGUUUUGGAGGGUGUGAUUCGAGAUAUAUCUAGGGACACUAUGGAACAGGGAGACUGCAUUUCAGAGGCUCAAGCUCCAACAGAAAAUGAAAUAGGUCAAGAUGAAGCAUUGCGCACUGUGACACAAGAAAAAUCAGAUGCUGUGGAUCUGACAUCCAUCAAGUCCAUGAUGACGACUGUAAUGAGUGCAGGGAAGAUUAAUGGCAAUGACGAGGCUGUUCCUGUAAAAACUCCAACCAAAUCUCCCGGCCCAAAUCGUAUUGGCAGGAGGAUUCAGGAGGCCAAAGAAGAGAAAUCUUCAUUUAUUUGUCCUCUUUGUGACAAGAACUGCUUGACACAACACCAGCUAACUAUGCACAUUCGACAGCACAACACAGACAAUGGUGGAGCAGACCACUCAUGCAGUAUCUGUGGGAAAUCACUGAGCUCAGCAAGCUCUCUUGACCGCCACAUGCUUGUUCACUCUGGUGAGAGGCCUUACAAAUGCUCAGUCUGUGGUCAGACAUUCACUACCAAUGGUAACAUGCACAGACAUAUGAAGAUUCAUGAAAAGGAUCCCAGUAGCGUUGUUCCUUCCAACCCACCAUCCCUCCUCAGAAGGAGGAGGCUACCAGCUAAGAGAAAAUUCAGUCAGGAAGGGGAAAGUGAAAAGAUGGAGGAGCCACCAAAAAAGAAAGUCAGUGUCAUGGCUGCUAUGACUGGACCACACGACCCAGCCUUUGCAUCAUCUUCUCAUGACUCUGUAACAGAUAUACAAAUGAAUGAAGAAAGCCCCACUACUGAGCAGGAAAUGAAGACUGAGGAGGAGCUGCUUCAUUGCCCAAUUUGUUUCAAGACAUUCAUAUGCAAAUAUGGGCUGGACACUCAUAUGGAAACUCAUCCAGAUUCCCUGCUCAGGUGUGACCUAUGUUGCAUUUCAUUUCGUACACAUCGGGGUCUUCUACGGCAUAAUGCUGUCAUUCACAAACAACUUCCAACAGAUCCUUCAGGAAAGCCAUUUAUUCAGAACAACCCCUCCAUUCCCGUUGGAUUCAACGAUCUUGCAUUUAUUGAUUUUUCUUGUCGGAAAUUUCCUCAGAUUGCUCAGGUAUGGUGUGAAACAAACCUAAGGAGGUGCACCAGCAAAUUUCAUCGAUUUGUAUGUGAGAUUUGCAAUAAGGCAUUUCCUCUUCUGUCAGCUCUAAGUCUUCAUAUGGAAACUCACAAAGGACUGCUGGAAAAAGACGAACAAGUAAAGCAAAAAGCUGAUAUCGUGGCAGACAUGGACAAAAAGAGUUUUAUGGCAUCUCUUGGACUACAGCAUAUGUCCGAGGUAAAGCCUGAAAAGAUAGUCGAGGUAUGUGCCGAUCUUGAGAAUAUCAAAGUAAUAUGGGUAGAACCACCCACGUCUAAUCUACCUCAGGAAGCUAGCUGUCUCAGUGGAAUGAGCCUUCCCCUUCUGGACCCUUCUUCUUUAUCAGGCCUGUCUCAUGGGCAAGGCAACCUGAAAAUCCUUUCUCUUCAGCCAUUUCAAAAGGGCUUCAUCAUUCAGCCUGAUAGCAGCAUUGUGGUUAAGCCCAUCUCUAAUGAGGGUUCAGUAGAACUGGCAGAUAUACAACAAAUUCUUAAGAUGGCAUCUUCUGCUCCUCCACAGAUUAGUCUUCCACCCCUUUCAAAGGCCCCUUCCAACUCUACCCAGUCCAUCCAUAAACAGAUGCCACCAUUGAAGCCAAAACCUCUAGUUGCACCACGGACAAUGGUUGCAACCUCUACACCUCCACCUCUCAUGAGUGCCCAGCAGGCUUCACCUGGUUGCAUAAGCCCUAACUUGCCCCCUGCUCCUUUCCACAUACCUAAGAGUCCAGGAGAAUCCUCCCCCAACAGCAAGAGCCAGCAGCAUAAAACUGCAAGGGAACAUGCUGUAUCUCAGCAGUCACUCAUGACAGAAUCAAAGGAUGUGAAAACAAAACUAGAAGAUGAUAACAUGAUGGACACUUUGAUACCUGCUAAAAUGGAGGAAAGUAUCAAGCAAGAAGUUACUGAAGGAGAACUAAAAGGUCUUGUGUCAGAAACCCCUGGAAAAAAGGGGUUAUCUGUACGGAAAGAUGUCUAUCCAUGUCGUUUUUGUGACCAGGUGUUUGCAUUUUCUGGAGUCCUUAGAGCUCAUAUACGCUAUCAUUUGGGAAUAUCGCCCUAUCAGUGCAACAUCUGUGACUACAUUGCUCCUGACAAAGCCACCCUUAUUCGGCAUUUGCGCACCCACAGUGGUGAAAGGCCAUACAUUUGCCGCAUAUGUCAUUAUCCCUUCACUGUUAAAGCCAACUGUGAAAGACAUCUACGCAAGAAACAUCUGAAAGUGACUCGCAAGGAGAUUGAGAAAAACAUUGAGUAUGUUUGCAGCCCUGCACCUGACUUGGUAGAAGCUAUGUGCACCACAACUGAGACUUCUUGCCGUUAUUGUGGGGAAGACCUCAAAAGUUACCGUGCUCUGCAGAUCCAUAUGCGAUUUCAUAAUGGAUGCCAGAAGAAGCCAUUUGAGUGUAAAGAAUGUGGUGCUGCCUUUCUGGCAAAGCGAACAUGCAUUCAUCAUGUUCUUAAGCAGCAUCCUCAUGUUCAGGAGAGGGAAAUUGAGAACUACAUUUCCACAGUUGGACUAAGUGUUGAUUCAAACAAGAUGAACUCUCCUCCUGUGCCUAAUGACAGUGAACAGUCCUCAUAUCCUCUGGCUCUGAAUGGACUUCGUUCUGAUGAGUUUGCAGCUUUUCCAAUCAAAAGAGAACAUUUUCCUUUUUCUUCUGAUAUGGACCAGCCUUUGGAUUUUUCCAAUAAAAGCAAAAAUUCUACAUCUUUUGCUAUUAAGCAAGAGAGCCAUUUGCACUCUCCUCAGUUUUCCUCGUAUGACUGCUCAAUGGAGCCCAUUGAUCUCUCCAUCCCCAAGAAUACAUCUAAACGAAAUACAGAAACGAAUAUAAAGAUCAAAACUGAGCAGCUUGCUUCAGCCAUUGAUCCAUACUCAACAAGCCUUGUAGGAAAAGAUGAGUCUGACAAAGCAGCAGUAAUAAAACCUUGCCAAACUUUACAAGCCCCCUUUCAACUUUCUGUUGCCAUGGCUUCCACCCCUGGACUGAGUAAUUCUAUUCUGAGGCCUAUACGGCCAAAACCACUGCUGCCAAAGCCCACUAUUUCAAAGGAGUUACCCCCUUUGGCUUCCAUUGCUCAGAUAAUCUCCUCUGUGUCGUCUGCCCCUGCUCUCCUGAAGCGGGACACUAAUACCAACAACUCAGUCAAAAAUGUCACAGCAAGCGAUAUUACAAGCUUGAAGGGUUUGCUCAUGGUGACUCCAGUAGAAUCUGAGAGCACCAGUGAGCCCAGGUCAAUGACAGAAAGCCCAGAUACCUCCCAAGAGGAUUCCCCUUUGUAUUUAACAAAAAAAAGAGGCAGAAAAAGAGGAACAAAAAACAAGUCUAAGGCCCCCAGUACUGGAGGCAUGGAUCUUGAAUCUAGUGGUGAAUUUGCCAGUAUUGAGAAGAUGUUAGCCACAACUGACACAAACAAAUUUAGUCCAUAUCUGCAGUCUACAACUGAUUUUAAGGAGGAGGUGGAUAGGACAGUAACCAGCGAAGAUGAGAAGGAGACACCAGAUGAAAAGCUCAUGAAGGGGAAGAAAAAUGCCUAUUCCAAUUCCUCUCAGAAGAUCACCUGCCCCUUUUGUCCCAGAGUGUUUCCAUGGGCCAGCUCUUUGCAGCGCCAUAUGUUGACUCAUACAGGUCAGAAGCCUUUCCCUUGUCCAAAAUGUGAUGCCUUCUUUUCCACUAAAUCCAACUGUGAGCGUCACUUACUGCGUAAGCAUGGAGUGGCUAAUCGGUCCUUGAGAAGAAAUGGUGUGAUCCCAAAAUCAAGAAAUGGGGAUGAAGGAUCACAUGAGAGUGCAGAGAGCCAGUCAGAACCAGAAUUGGCAUCAGGAGAAAUAUUAGAUCUCACAUCAUGUGAAAAAGACCCUGUUGAAAGCAAGUCUGAAGCUUUGGAGCAUAAGGAAAAACUGACAGGGGCCUCUAGCUUGGAAGCCACAGGUGAGAAAACGGAGAGCUCCACUGCUAAUUCCAGCAACCCUGAAGAAGAAACUGAAGAUGACACUCAUAGCAACCGAAGUUUAGAUUUGAACUUUGCUAGCAAGCUUAUUGACUUUAAACUAUCUGAGGGAGAUCAGAGUAACUCUGUCUUGCAAGAAGACAUGAAGCACACAUGUGGCAGCUGUGGGAAAAGUUUCAAAUAUGCCACCACUUUGGCCCGUCAUAAAAAGGUGCAUUUGGCAGAUGAAUAUGAUGAAGGUGGAAAGAUUGCAACCAGGAAGUCUUCUGAUGCAAGCACUGGUAGAAAUACACAGGACUUGGAGGAAUCCACACAGAAGGUAGAAGAAACUUCUGAAAGGACCAAAGAUGGAGCCACAGUAGCUCCACUGGGCUGCAAUGAGAACUUAAGCUUCAUAGAAAGCACAUCUGAAGAAGACACCACAGCAGAGAAACCAGUUGAGGAAAAAAGUGAUGAUGAUAGCAGGGAAAACAAGGAACCAAAGACCAGCAGGGCUAGCAACACCAGCAAGGCUGACAAAAGGAAGAAAAUAUGCAGUGUUUGCAACAAGAGAUUCUGGUCUUUGCAGGAUCUAACGCGACAUAUGAGAUCCCACACAGGUGAAAGGCCUUACAAGUGCCAGACAUGUGAGCGCACUUUUACACUAAAACAUAGCUUGGUGCGGCACCAACGUAUCCACCAGAAGACCAGAGGUGCAGAGGAAGAGUCAGGUGUCCGCUCAGGUAGCGAGAGCGAGUCUGCCCACAGUGGCACCAACCCUCCGUCAGAGAACGAGUGCGAGAUAAUCACAAGCAUCACCACCCUGGAUAAGACGCAAGUGGCCAGCUCUGCAGCCACUGUUGGCACGUCUGUGAAGGCUGAGAAAAGUACGGAACAGGCGGAGAAAGAGACAGAGGAAGGACUGAAGCCUACUGCAGAGUCUCCGAGCCCUCCUGUUCACGAAGUGCUGGACAAGCAAAGCAAACCCCCUUUAGGUGGCCUCCUUUCACAUAAUGAGCCAGUGCCACAGCUUUUGGGCAUGGAGUAAGCAAUAAAUAAAUAAAAAUCAACUUCUGUGAAUAUGCAGAGCACGCACUGUAUGGAUUCUACUGCGACUCGGUGAAAGGAGAAUAACAGUGCCAUAAACGUCAAGUCUAAUGCAAUUGACUAUAAUCUGUUUGGAGUGCCUUACUACUUUUCUAGAUAUUAUCAAGCUGUGUAUUAUGGAUAUAAUGUAUUAUUUUUUGUUUUGAUCUUUGGGUGUUUUUUUUUCUCUACUUAUUUUUUUUAGCCUUUAUUAAAAAUAUUUCCUGAUAACAAUGAACUUUUGAAGCAUUAAGCAAAUGGCAUACAUUACCUAUUAGUAUGAUUUUAAAAUAUAUAUAUAUAUAUAUGUAUACUGUAUUUAAAUGCAGUCUUUCUUAAUCAAAUGAAGCUACAAAUGUUUAGUAUGGUUUGAAACUGCAAAAUAAGGCUUGAAUAAUCUCGCACAUAACUGGAAUAAUUAAAUAACUAACCAGACACACGUGGGGGGAUUGGGGAGAGGAAUUGAAAACCCCAAAAGGCUGCCUUCAGAUUACCCCUCCUCCCCUGACUGCAGGAUCACGUGUUUGUUAAAAGAGGGUCUUUGUAACCCUUGACUGGAACCUGUACACUGAUAACCUGGACAGGGAUUCAGUAACGCGUGUGUCCGGUGCAUUUUUUUUUUUUUUUUAAGUGAUGUUCCUUUUCAGUAAAUUAUAAGAGAUUUGUGUUCUCUUACUAGAGAAGAGUGGGCAAUAUUUGCCCGUUAUAGUCGCAGAAGCCCACCCAAUUUACCACAAAUUGCCUGUUCGUCAGGGGUGGGGUAGGAUGAGACAAUGCUGCAGGCUGGGAGGAGGAGGACGGACGGACGGACGAAUGAAUGGAUGGAUGGAUGGACGGACGGAGACACAUCUUGCGGUUGGUGAAGGGUGUUUUCAAGGAAAGAAAUCAAUUGGAAGGAGCCAUAAUGAAUUGUUAUGAACAGAAUCUGUUCAAGUAUUGAUUUUUGUCCAACUUAAGCAAAUGAGAACUGUCAUGUCUUCCAAUUUUUAUAGAUUUUUUUUUAAUAUAUUAAAGCCUUAUUACCAGUUCUUCCAAGAUCACAUGCUUUGUUGUUAAGCAUGAAGGAACACUAUUGUGAGGGUUGUAAUUGGUACUUGAACAAUGUUUCCUAGUGUUGCUGUACACAACAUGUUUCAGUGUUGCUUUGCCUUUGUAAAUCCUGAGGGAGGUGGUGUGCAAGAAGCUUGUGGUUUUACUGGACCAGUCCUCGCUGUGCGUGAGCACAGAAGGGUGACAGUGACAAGUAUGCUUUGGCUCUUAGGACCCUCUUCUCCUUCACCCAAUACAGUAUUGCUUUACUGUACCAAGGCCUGUAUAAUCUUGAAUUCAUUACAAGGUAUGAACCAAAAGAAAAGCAAAUGAAACUUGGAGUAAACUUUCGGUGAGGUAUACGUGCAGAUCCUCAAAUAUAAAACAAAUACGUGUAUGAUAGAAAUCCACAUGCCGGAAAAGCCUGAGGAGCACAGCCAUUAAUUUACGAGUAUGUUGCAAAAUAUUUCUAAUCGAUUAUGAGAGCAAAAAAAGAAAAACACAUUCCCAGUGUCAAAUUGGGAUCCUGUUAGCAAUAAUCACUAUUUGAUUUGAAGCUUUAUUUCGAGCUGUUUUCUCAUAUUUUCUGGUAGUAGGUUUCAUGAUGUCCUUGCAUUAUUGUCAUCAUUAUUAGUUUGAAUAUUUUUGUUUGUUUGUUUCCUGCAGAUAGAUAAAAAGAACUGUGAAAUUUAUCAUGUGUUAAACUAUGGGUGAAUCUUAGACUAGUGUUGCAUGUUAACCUAAUUUGUUUCUUUAUUAUUAUGAUUAUUAUUGUUGUUAUUAUUAUUAUUGUUCGUUACACCUUUUAUUUUUUUUUCCUCUCUCAGGGCUUUUACAGAAUGCAUAUUCUAAAUUUCCUUUUUUUUUUAAAUUUUCUCCCAAGAUUCAGAAAAAAAUGAAUAAAUCCUUUAGUUACUAGAAUUAUUUUUGUGAAAAUAAUUCAAUCACUACAUUAAGCACUUGACUGUGAAUAUACUUUUAAAAACAAAAUCAAAGCUGCUUUGAAAAGGUGGCUGUUUCUGUUCACUGUACUGCGUUUUAACAGUUUUUGUUAAGGAAAGGUUCAUUUCUCGACUCAAGAAGGAAUCUGUUUAAUUGUUCAACCAAUGAUUCGCCAUUAAAUCACACUUUUGAAGUUGCUAACCGGUAUUUAUGUAAAGGGAAUUUACACUGCUGCUGCUACAUGUGUAUCGGAAUGGUUUAUGUCACAUUGAACAGGACGUCGCAUGCCAUGCAUUGGUACUUUACUCUCCUUUGUAUUACGUUAUCUAGAACUUCAGAGUCUCAACGUGUAAGCUGUUCUGUAUCAAACAUUUUAAACAAUAAAGGUAUAUUAAGUAC